CCCCCUCGUGAGCGGAGACUACGGCUUCCAGAAUCCUCAGCCAGGGUGCCCAUGCUGCUGGGCGCACUCAACGUGGUCGGCCCGGUGCAGCUGGAAGCUUGCAUAUUGGAGAACACGGGGGUAGAAAAUGAGCGUCUGGGGCUGCCCAGCUGAAUCCUGCUUUACUUAAUUAACUCGGUGACUUGGGUUUGCCCUCCACAAAAGCAAGCACAACGGAUCGCGCUGGGUGGCUUUGUAUAACUCCUGCACAUAACUAGCAUAUUUUACCAUAGUGUAUUAGUUUACCAUGCAGAGGUCUUUUUUCACAUCGGAACUGUACACCGUGCUGUAGAAUAAAACCUAAACAUGGCCAAGGUGAUCACAAUGCUUCAAACCCUCAGAAAUCAUUGGAAGAAGACUACAGCUGGGAUCUGUCUGCUUACAUGGGGAGGAAACUGGCUUUAUGGAAAACACUGUGAUAACCUACUAAGGAGAGCUGCAUGCCAAGAAGCCCAGGUAUUGGGCAACCAAAUUAUUCCUUCCAAUAUGCAGAUAAAGAAAGCAACAGUAUUUCUCAACCCUGCAGCUUGUAAAGGCAAAGCCAGGAAUCUUUUUGAAAAGAAUGCAGCCCCAAUUCUCCACUUGUCUGGUUUGGAUGUGACUGUGGUGAAGACAGAUUAUGAAGGGCAAGCAAAGAAGUUGUUGGAGCUGAUGGAAAAGACUGAUAUGAUCAUCAUUGCAGGUGGAGAUGGAACAGUGCAAGAGGUUAUAACUGGGCUUCUCCGAAGGGCAGAUGAGGCAGCUUUCAGUAAAAUUCCUAUUGGAUUCAUUCCUCUUGGAAAGACCAGCACUUUAAGUCAUACGCUUUAUCCUGAGAAUGAUAACCAAGUCCAGUGUAUCACUGAUGCCACAUUGUCCAUAUUGAGAGGAGAGACAGUUCAACUUGAUGUAUUACAGAUCAAGGGGAACAAAGAGCAGCCAGUGUUUGCUGUAAAUGGCUUACGGUGGGGGUCUUACAGAGAUGCAGGAGCAAAAGUCAGCAAAUACUGGUAUCUUGGACCUCUGAAAAUCCAGGCAGCCCAUUUUUUUAACACAUUAAAGGAGUGGCCUCAGAAACAUCUAGCCUCUCUUACUUACUUGGGCCCAAUUCCAAGGCCUCCUGAGGAGCCAGAGCAGAAGACCUCUAGACCUCCUUUAUACAUUAGGCUUUACAAGAGGCUUGCAUAUUAUUGGACACCCACUCCCAAAGAAAUCCCAAAGGAGGGGACUCCAGAGGUCUGGCAUGAAAUUGCGCUGUCUGCCGUUGAAUUCUCUGUCACUACUCAGAACAGGCAUCUUGACCUGAAAUGUGAAGACGACUUCAUGAAUAUUUGUAUUGAAUCAGAUGCAAUCACUAGGGGAGACUAUGUAAAAAGAGGAAGCCAAAAGAUGCAGGACCCCCACUUGUGUCCUGAAGGAAGUCAAUGUCUUCAGGCUAGCAAAUGCAUUUUGGAGCUUCCAGAGGUGAGAGAAAUCAAAUCUUAAGAAAAACAUAGGCAU